AUGUCCGCCAAGCCCAACACCGGCUUCGUGAAAGAGGCUUCUCGCCAGAUCCUGGCCGGUGGUUCCGCUGGUCUUGUAGAAAUUUGCCUGAUGCACCCCCUCGAUGUGGUGAAAACCAGGUUCCAGAUUCAGAGAUGUGCAACCGAUCCAAACAGUUAUAAAAGCUUGGGAGACAGCUUUCGAACGAUUUUCCGAAUAGAAGGAUUGUUUGGUUUCUACAAGGGGAUUCUGCCACCAAUCUUGGCUGAAACACCAAAAAGAGCAGUGAAGUUUUUCACCUUUGAGCAGUACAAGAAAUUGCUAGGAUACGUGUCACUGUCGCCAGCAUUGACGUUUGCCAUUGCUGGAUUAGGAUCUGGACUAACAGAAGCUAUCGUGGUUAACCCUUUUGAGGUAGUAAAAGUUGGCUUGCAAGCGAAUCGGAACAAAUUUACGGAGCAACCAUCCACGAUGAGUUAUGCAAGACACAUCAUUAAGAAAGAAGGCUUGGGACUCCAGGGCCUCAACAAAGGCUUUACAGCAACUUUGGGACGUCACGGAGUUUUCAACAUGGUUUAUUUUGGCUUCUACUACAAUGUCAAAAACAUUAUUCCUGUCAAUAAGGAUCCAACCUUGGAGUUUUUGAGAAAAUUUGGGAUUGGUCUUCUCUCAGGCACAAUAGCCUCAGUCAUUAACAUCCCUUUUGAUGUUGCCAAAAGUAGGAUUCAAGGGCCUCAGCCAGUUCCUGGAGAGAUCAAGUACAGAACCUGUUUUCAAACAAUGGCAACAGUCUACCGGGAAGAAGGAAUUUUCGCUUUGUACAAAGGCCUGCUUCCCAAGAUUAUGAGGCUUGGACCAGGUGGUGCAGUGAUGCUGCUGGUUUAUGAGUACACCCAUUCAUGGCUUCAGGAGAACUGGUGAUUGCCUAGGAAGUGUUGAAAUCAUGGAUAUUUGCUCUACAGCACCGUAAGGAGAGACUAUCAGCUCAGCUGAUAUGAUUGUAAAUUAU